CCGGAGAAUGCAUGAGCAUCGAUCCGGCCAGGUGGAUAAAUAGGUUGAUAUCGCUUUCCAGGAAUAAUGCAACUGGCCGUCUGCUAGUGCUCGACGACAGACAGGGAAGAGAGCCUUGUAUCCGAUGGGCCCACGACAUGGCAGCUUGUUUGAGCUUUUGAAAAGUCACUGAGACCAGUUCAAUAUGUUUUCCGUUUUGGCACACUUCCUGCAUUGCGAAAACAUGAUGAGGAUUGCUUUGGGCAUUGAAGUCGAUCAGAUCCGUGAGAGUGUGUAUCGCCGCGGGGUCUGUAGAUGCAACCCUGGAGACAUUGAAGACAGGUCUCACGAAGUCCAUAACGAAACUUUUCUGUACGGUGAUCAUCAAGGCAGACGAUGCACGGAUGAAAAUAUUGACAGUUGGGGGUAACAUCGGAACACCCACGGAUCGGGCAUCGUUUUUUUGUACUCGAGGAGGCAGAGGGCUUGCGGGAACCGCGUACGGAUUGACUGAGGUCCAAUAUUCCAGUUCCAAACCCAGCCUCUCUUGUUAUCGCUACCACGAUGCAGAGCAUCCGGUACGCCGGUCCUCGCCAGAAAGUCCGCCUCUGCGCCGGGUCAGACCGACCCCCCUGUCCUCCAGGAAGGAUGGGAUGGACCUUAAAGUUUCUGCUCCCAAUGAGCACCAACCCAUCGAUGCGAAGGUUUCAACAACCCAGGACUUGGUCGAGCAAAUCUCUAGAGAUAUCUCAAUGGAUGCGAGAAGAAUCAUAUUCUUUGGGGGGCAAGGAAGUCGCGCCUUCUCCGGGUCACCAUUUCACCCGAGUGAAGACGACAAGACGUGCGAUAGUUCCAUCUCGCUUCUUCUUUCGGUCUGUCACAGUGCAAUUUUGCAAGAGGCUCUACAACAUCGACGCAGGGGGCCACUUCCUGCAUGGGCCGACUUUGAUCUUCCAGCCAAUGCCGAAUUGUUGGUAUCCGGCAAUGUCAUUGCCUCCGAUAACGCGAUUUUGCAGGGUGUCGGUCUCUGCGUGCAUCAAUUAGUCGCCUAUCUCCGCUUUGACUCAACUCUGCAAAAGAGAGCAACAAGCAUCCUGCUUGGCUUCUGUUCAGGCAUCGUCCCCGCCGUUGUCCUCGCCUGCAGCAGCACGGUCCAGGACUACAUCCAAUACAGCAAAGAUGCAGUCCGUCUUGCCUACUGGAUAGGGUAUCGGGCUGCAGAGUUAACUGCCCACUUGAUGCCCGAACAGAAUCCGCCCGGGUCGUGGGCGCUAUCGGUCUUUGGGAAGGGCAGGGAAAACCUCAAGACCGAUCUCGAGAGAUUCAAUGUCGCUCACGGCGCAACAUUCAGCCUUCGGUUAGCGAUAUGCUUCGGGAAAGAGUCAUUCACGAUUGUCGGCCCUCCUUCGAGCUUGAACCGCUUUCGAUCACAGUGCUUGGGGGAGCAACAUCCAUCAGAGGCCAUUCAUAUUCACGCGCUUUACCAUGCUGGUGAGACUGGAUGUGAGGGCUUGCUGAAAGUGCUUGAAGAUGCUCGUCGCGAAGGUAUUCAGUUCCCAUCCCUUGCCGAUAUCAAAACCGCACUUUGGACAUGUCACGGGAACUCGUCCUUAGAUCGAAACUCGUUCUCCGGCAGCGGUUCUCUCUUGGAGUAUGCGGUUCGUUUGAUCCUCGUCGAUGCCGCUGACCUCUACAACACCUGGAAAUUGAUUACGGACACCAUAAAUCACUUGCCAUGGGAUGGGGAGAUCAUCACCGUAGGCCCCGGGUCAAGUGCUCUUCUUGUCUCUACGACCCGGGAUACCCGAACGCCCGAUGAGCCCACGUGGAUUAAUUUGUCUGGGGUUGGUGCAACGGUGGGAUCUGCACAGGACGGAUUCGCUAUUGUCGGCAUGUCUGUCAACUACCCUGGCGCGUCAGGAAAGGAUGAAUUCUGGACCUUGCUAGAGAAUGGCCUGAGCGCGAUGCAAGAAAUUCCCAGCUCGAGAUUUGAGGUUCAGAACUACAGUUCUGAUAGUCCAGAGUGUCGGCCACCACGGACAAUGGAGGCUCGUCAUGGUAACUUUCUCGCGGAUCCGUUUUCAUUCGACCAUGAGUGCUUUGGCAUCUCACCGAGGGAAGCCAAGUCCAUGGAUCCACAGCAGAAACUUCUUCUUCAGGGCGCAGUACAUGCUCUUGAUGAUGCUGGCUAUGUACCUAACGGUGCACCUUCCUUCAACCCGGACACCAUGGGAUGCUAUAUUGGGGCAGCGACGGAAGACUACGUUAUCAACUCCAUGCCACACAUAGACGUCUACUACUCAACUGGCACCCUCCGAGCAUUUUUGAGUGGAAAAAUCUCUUAUGCUAAUGGAUGGAGCGGGCCUUCUAUUACAACCGACACAGCAUGCUCUUCCUCCCUAGUUUCCAUUGUGCUGGCCUGUCGGGCCUUGAUGCAGGGAGAUUGUACGGCGGCGUUAGCCGGUGGGGUGAAUGCCAUCACAAGCCCUGAUAUGUACCUUGGGCUCUCUCGGGCCCACUUUCUUAGCGCUACCGGGCAGUGUAAGCCAUUCUCGGUCGCUGCUGAUGGUUAUUGUCGCGCAGAGGGGUGUGGAUUGUUCGUCAUCAAGCGCCUUCAGGACGCGAUUCAGGAGGGAGAUCGCAUCCAUGGUAUCAUUCGUGGGGCGGAAAUGAAUCAAAGUGGCCGGGCGUCCUCCAUCACCCAUCCGCACGCCCUGACCCAACAGGAGCUAUUUCAGAAGCUUCUCGCCCGAACAAAGGUUGAUCCUAAGACCAUAGGGGUCAUCGAAGCUCACGGUACAGGGACUCAGGCCGGUGAUGCGGUCGAGACAUCGAGUAUUCAUUGCGUUUUUGGUAAUCGUGCUAACCCUCUAUAUCUUACAUCGGUCAAAGGGAACAUUGGACACGCAGAAGCAGCCUCUGGAUCGGCAGGUCUUGCGAAGAUUCUGAUGAUGUUGAGAUACUCAAAGAUUCCACCACAGGUUGGGUUGGGAGUGUUGAAUCCGCGCUUGGACAAAUUAGAGUCGUCAAACAUUCGAAUCCCCACUACAAUCUGCGACUGGGACCGAGCGAUCCCUAGUAUGCCCAAACGCGCAUUGCUCAAUAACUUUGGUGCUGCGGGAUCCAAUGCGGCCCUGGUGGUAGAGGAAUAUCGCCCGUCAUUCCGAGCCAAGGGCUCACAAUAUGCCAGACGAGCAGCAUACAAUCUGAUCUUGUGCGCCACAAGUCCAGGCGCUCUUCAGAAACUGAUAAGUCUUUAUGUGGCGAUGCUAGAGAAGCAUGACCCUGGCUUUGAGCUACAGGACAUCUGCUUUACUGCAACUGCUCGGCGGCAGCGGCACAAAUAUGCUCUAUCGAUCGUGGGAGGCACACUGGAGGAUCUCAUGCAGCAACUCCAACAGGCUCGACAAUGCAACAAUCAGAUAUUGGAAUCCAAUCGAAAACGCCCCAUCGUGUUUGUUUUCUCGGGGCAAGGCGGCGCUUACCCCGGUAUGGGCCGCGAACUGCUCCAUACCGCUCCAGUCUUUCGCCAGAAGGUAACUGAAUGCGAGGGUGUAUUGCAAGAAAUAGGUCUGUCUAAUAUUUGCCCAACCCGUAUUCUGGACGGAGCUUUCAUUCCAAGUGAAACCGAGGACGGGGGUGCAGAAUGGCUAGUCAACUCUCAAGUUGCUUGCUUUGUCCUGGAAUAUGCGCUGGCAUCGCUGCUGAUUUCCUGGAACAUACAACCCGAUAUUGUGAUUGGCCAUAGCCUAGGAGAAUAUGCAGCUUUGGUGGUGGCUAGGGCGCUCUCACUUGAGGAUGCGUUACGGGUGGUGGCACAUCGGGCUAAGCUCAUGGCUUCGAAGUGCGAAGUUGGCAAAUCAACCAUGCUGGCUUGUUGUCAAUCGGCAUUCGUUACGCAAGUAAUAAUCCAAAGGUCUGGCCUUUCGCACCUCUCCAUUGCAUGUGACAAUGAUAUGAUGAGCUGUGUCGUUGCUGGGCCCAUCCACGAAAUCGAGCGGUUGCAGGAGAUCAUGGGUGCAGAGCAGAUCCGUUGCAAAAGACUACCGGUCUCCCUGGGAUUUCACUCGCCUGCACUCGACCCGAUCAUAGAUGAAUUGAACCAAGUUACCCGAGACAUACGGUUCUUUGAGCCCCAAAUUCCAAUUGGCUCGGGAUUGUACGGGGAACUACAUAAGAGCCCAAUUGAUGGCUCAUACGUUGGACGCCAAACGAGAGAGCCGGUAAACUUCACCGGUCUCGUUGGCUUUCUUGCUGGGAUUGAAGACUUGCAAAGAGCGACGUUUAUUGAAGUGGGCCCGACCCCGAUAACAUUACCCAUGGUUCGAUCUCAAGUAAGCGGACCGGGCACAGCUUUCUUCAACACCUUAGUCAAAGGGCAAGACGCUUGGUCAAGCCUCUGUCAUAGCCUUCGAGAUUUCAAUGCCCGACAUGAGUCCGUUCAAUGGCGACAUGUGUUUCACGGCUCCUCCGCCAAGGUGGUGGAUCUGCCGGACUAUCCAUUCCAAACCCAAUCUCUGUUCUUCCCUUUCCAUGAGAGAGUAUCCCAGGUACAGGCGGAUGCCAACAGCGGUCACGGUGUGGGUCAACCACGACCCAGUGUCUUUCGCCUGUUGCAAGAAGUGAUCAGCCUGCCGGCCGGUCCCGACAAGUCAUUAUCUGUGUUCGGUACCACGUCACGCGAUCUUGUCGAGUAUAUCACUGGGCAUGAGGUAGCUGGACUGUCACUUUGUCCGGCCUCGAUUUAUUACGGCAUGGUUCUCGAGGGCCUGUAUUGCAACCGGGAGGUUGAUGCACAGAGACUAGCUGUCUUCCGGGACAUCUCGUUCGACCAUCCUCUUAUUCAUGCAUCGAAUAGCGAUAUUAGUUCCAUCCAUCUGACGCUCAAAGAUAAGAAGUCAGACGCCGGCACGACAUCUUCCCACACCCAGUUUACUUUCAGCUCAGCAACCUCAUCCGAAUCUGCGGCUGAAAGAGUCUUGUGCUCCGGUCAAACGGCCUGGAUGUCAUUGUCAGCGAUCAGUUCCAUUCUUGGCCGCAGGGCUGCCUAUGCCCGGAAGCAAAUUGCUCUUUUACGCGGGAGCCAGAGCCGGUCAAACGUUCUACACCGCAAAGUCAUCUACGAUAUUAUUUUCGCGCGAGUGGUGAGAUAUUCCGAUCCAUAUCAGUCAAUCCAAGACUUCCAUGUGUCGGAAGCAGGUCUUGAUGGGUACGGCACAUUCCAAGUGCCCCAAAGCACUCUCGUUGGAGGGAUCAUAUCGCCGGUAUUCCUCGACACCUUGCUGCACGCAGCAGGGUUCAUCGCCAAUGCCCAAGGCAGCCCUUCAGAUGCCUAUAUCUGCCAUUCAGUUGAUUCGGUCAUCGUGGCUUAUUCCGACAUCAAGCCUACGGAUACCUACAGAUUCUACUGCGGCCUACUAGAUUGCGGUGGUGGGGAACUGCUUGGAGAGACGGUAGCUAUGAGUUCUGACGGCAAAGCAGUAGCCAGUGUGGAAGGUAUGCACUUCAAACGCCUGAACCUCAAGGCCUUCACAGCCCAUCUAUCCCGUCAGUCUGGUCAGAAAGCGCAGAUAGUCCUGCCCGGCAACGCAUCGUCGUCGUCCGCCAACCCGAAGGCCGGCCAUACAUCCAGUUCCAUGGACAAGACACCUGACACGACGAAAAUCGUUCUGGAUGCCGUUUCUACAGUCUGCGCAGUUCCUCCUAGCCAGGUGGGUCUGGCAACAAGGUUGGUGGAUCUGGGAUUUGACUCGCUAAUGCAGGUUGAGCUGUGGGAUUUGGUGGGGAAACCCUUCCCCUCUCGCCGGAUAAGGCUAUCGUUCGAGAUGGGAACAGUGGAGGAUAUUGUCUCUCAGGUCCUGGGCGCCAGGAACACCUCUUCAGUCGCAUCUUCCCCUCGGUCAGAGAGUGAUGAGUGCAGCCCCAGCAAUAGCAUCUGCGCAUCCAUCACGGAUAGAUGUGGAAAGCUCAUACCGGAUGGCGAUGCGGUUACUGACCGGGUGCUCGGGCUUGUAGCAGAAAUAUGUGGCCGGAGGGGUUCGGAUCUGGAUGCAGCUAUUACCAUGGACUCCUUGGGACUGGACUCCCUAUUGACAAUUGAAUUACAGGCUAGUGUGAGGGAUGUUUUUGGAAUCUCCCUGCCACUUGAAAUGCUGUCUCCAAGGACAACAAUCGGUAUGCUCGCAACCCGCAUUGCAGUGGAAACUCGCCCAGUCACGCCCGUGGCUUCGUCAGUUGCCUCCGACAGGCAGGCCUGGAUGCCAGAGCACGAUUGGAUUGUGCUUCUCCAACAAGGCGCGGACACACUGCCACCCCUGAUCCUGGUUCACGACGGUAGUGGUACGGUGGAACAGUACCGACGACUCUCUGUUGUGGGCUGCACCGUCUUUGGCAUUCGUAAUCCUAUGCCAACUGGAUCAGUCCAUUGGGCCUCGGGAUUGAUGGACAUGGCAUGUCGAUAUGCAGCUGCCAUUCCAAACGUCAUCAAGAGUCGUCGUGUGGUCCUCGGUGGCUGGUCCUUCGGCGGGGUGUUAGCCCACGAGAUUGCACAACGUCUAGAUCAAUGCGGGUACGAUACAUUGGGCGUCCUUCUCAUCGACUCACCUUGUCCUCUGGACCAUGAGCCCCUUCCCAGCGCCGUGGUCGAUCACAUCUUGAGUGCGGAAACACUCUCUCCGUCUACAAAGAUCGCCCUCGCCGCCCAGUUCAAGUGUCAUGCGCAAUUCCUGGCCGAUUACAGUAUCACUGGUUCUCCCCCUCCCCCUCAUCGGCGGUAUAUAAUGCUGUACAGCGAGCAAAACUUUGACACUUGGAGUGUCUGUGGUCAACGGUACUUGUGGCUUGAAAGUCAGGAAGAACGUCUGGCUUCGCUACGAAAGUGGGAAGCCCUUCUUGGACGGCAGCUGACCACCUACAACAUUCCCGGGAAUCAUUUUGAGCCUUUUAGUCAUGAUAAUGUUGGAACUAUGACUAAGGCAUUGCGCACUGCAUACAGGGAGACCGCAGGAGUGGCGGCUACUUAGCAACCGGCGCAAACUGUUGACAUACAAGGAUGGAUUAUCGCCCAGCUGUGGGUUUCGGUCUAGUUGGCAAGUCGGUGGGCUACUUUGACAAAGUAGGUGACGGGGUGCAAGAUGUCUCUCGACAUAUGAAUGUGUAUGUUGAUAGUCUUAUGGAGGAGUCGGUGGAACCCAAGUCCUUACUAGUUGGAACUUGGCGUUAGAGACCAGUACCAAUAAAUUACGC